AUGAACGAGGUUAUAAAGGUCCCAGUUCGUGUAAAAUAUGGCCGCACCGCUAGCCGGAUUCCCAAAUCAAACUCUAGUCUCGAGUUUGUGAUCGGCUCCACUUGGGCGGAUUUCUUGUGUGCAGAGGCGAUAGACCUAGGAGUUACGCGAUUGCCGUGUGACUGGUCUGACCCACUGCUGUGCUCCAGCGGUCGGCAUCAGUAUGGAAUCUUUAGCUAUGGGCACGACGGCACAAAUGCGUCUCUGGCAACAGAGGCAAUUGAGUGCGGUGAUUCGGCUGUCCAGGGCAGACUCUUGUUUGACAAUAGGCACACUGACUGGAUUUCUGAGAUGAUGGCAGAAAAUGACAGAACUACAACGAGGCAUCGUCACACCACGCAGCCACGAUCGACAACCAACUCGACUCAAGCAGUAGUGCCGCACGUAACCAGCACGGCCCGUCCGGUCCGACCAGAAAUCGACUACCCGUAUCUGGUAUACUUGGAAGGUCGGUUUGACGAACCGGUGUGUGGCGGUACUCUAAUAACACCCUGGCACGUUCUCACGACCGCUUACUGUACGACGAGGAUGACCAAAAUCGUGGUAACCGUUACAGCACAUCAUAGACAACACGCAGACGCAAGACUCGUUUACAUUCAUCAAGAUUUUGACUCGUACACACGGACCGCGGACAUCAGCAUCGUAGUUUUACGCGAACCGUUAAACGUGAUUAGGUACGUACAGCUGCCAGAUAUUAUCAGUGACCCGAUCAACGACAACUCCACUACCAAAGCGCUGAAUUGCGUGGUGGUGGCGAAAAGAUGGAUGACACCCUAUUAUUACAUUACGGUCAAUGUUAUGUACGGGCUCAAAGCUUGUCGGGAAUCAUUCGAUUCGGAAAUUCAGACGACCGUCAACAAGACUUGGCGCGAGUUCAUCUGUGGAGUGUCCAAUCAAGAACUUCGGAACGACAGGGGGUAUCCAUUAAUUUGCAACGGAUUUCAGUACGGCAUAAUUAGUCACGCGUAUCGUACCAAGAUGCAAGCCUCCGAAACCGGAAGUAUCGAUUAUCAAGUGCGUUUCUUGAUAGUUGACUAUCACAGAAAGUGGAUCUACGGCGUGAUAGCGGCUGAUAAUCAAACCGACACUAACGAUGGAAGUCCAUACGAAUUCCCUAGAAUCUGGAUCAGCAUUCUACCACCGCUAAUAAUCGGACUCUUAUUAUACAAAUAUUGUUUUUAAAUUAUUUUAAAUUUUUAAAGUAUUUUAAUUAUUUCACUGCUGAAGGCUAAAAUUGAAUAUAACUGCCCUGUGCUGACCAUAUUUUAUAAAUUAUUUUAAUUAUUUUAUCACCUAAUAUUGAUAGAUCUAUACACUCUGAAUUUAA